AAAAGCGUUCAAUCACCUUUUUCCACAGUACUAGUACAUUUGGCAACUGUCGAGACGCCGAGAGCUCCAUAGCUAGUCUAGUUGUCAGUUUCAUCGUCAGGCCCAACCUAUCUUUUAGUGUCAAGCGGAGAGUGUGCCCUCCUCUCCUCCAUUCCUGGAGCUCUAGUUAGCUACUAGACUGGUCACUCUAUUAUUGGAACGUACCGUAAAAGUGUGAGCAUCAUCUGGAAAGACAAGACACAAAGACGGUCAUCCCAUUCAAGUCCACCUCAAUCGUACAGUAGCGCUUUGUCGUUAAUCAAUUGGUGAAGUGAUUUUAAGUGAAGUGAAUCAGGUAUCAAUCAGAAGAAGCAAUGGGUGAAGAGCAACAGCAAGAACCAGACUCUACAACAUCUCCUCCUCGAGUGUCAAUAGUGGAAGAGGCUCCUCCGACUCGUCCCCGUGCCAACACUAGUUCGAGUGCGGUACACAGUGUAGGUACUGGUAACAAUCAUCUUCCCAUUCAUCGACUCUCCAUUCCCACACUGCAACCCUUUGGAAUGAUGGUAGGAGGAAUUACUACUCCAGGAGAAGCCAUGGCCAUGAUGCAGAUUCCACCGCAUACAGCAGCUCGUGUCUUGAAGGGUGAAAUUCACAAUGUACUCACUGUCAUGAGAGCUGAUCCUCGCUACGUGUCACCUCAUCGCUUCGAAGACGAACUAGUCGAGCAAUACGAACAUCCGUUGCUGGCAAAGUUUCGAGAUUUGCACGCGACACUCUGUGCGUGGGAAUCGGCUCCUCAGACGGAACUGCCCGAUGCCAUGCUCUACUUGCCACCCUUUUGUGAAGCCAUUCAAGGACGCGACAUUAAUGCAUCCGUCACCGGAGCCGCUCUCUCGGCAUUGCACAAAUUCCUACUAUACGGAUUCUUGACACAGACCACUUCGUCACGAACUGCCGCUCAGGGUAUGACGUGGAUGUCCAAUGCACUCUUACAAUGCACUUUUGAAGAAUCAUUGCAGGGAGUCAAUGCCACUGGUGGAGGUGUCGGAGGAGUCGUCAAGUACUUUGAACCGGGAGGAGGUCUGUCAGGGACGGCCACGGGAACAGCGCUAGAAACUGCCAGUUCAAGAGGCAUUGCCAUGCGAAGAACGCUCAGUCAUGAUUCCACACGAGCCAGUACGGUGGCAAUCCCUUCUCAUCUUCACCAUCAUCAUCAUCAUUCGAAUCCACAUCACUCCAGAGAUGGAACCAACACCUCACGGACAGUCGUCGGAACCAUGCUCUUGCACGAUGACGAACAAGUCGUACUCAAACUAUUGGAACUAUCGGCAUUGGUCGUAAGGUGUUCCCUGCAUCCCUCAGAACCACUGUUGUCCACCGAUUUGAUCAUUGGAUUGCUAGAUACAUGUUUGCAUGUCUCGCAUCGAGCAAAACGAGCGUCGCCACUGCUCAAGAGUGCUGCGGCCGAUUCUUUAGGGCAAAUUGUAUUGCAGGUAUUCUCCACCAUUACGUCGCCAUCACGAUCCUUUGUCGCACGAUCCAAUACCAUGGAUACCAUGGAGUCCCACGAUUCACUCCACAACACUACCAGCCAAGACGAGAUUGACAAUUCCCCACUCUUGGAAGCACGCAGGGAAAUUCUACUCAAAUUGACGAAUCUACUCAAUCCGCAACAAAACAAUGAUGCUACCUGUGCCACUUCCCUCACUCUCAUGAACAUGGCAUUUGAAACGUUGCGAGAAGGAUUCACUCCACCGGAAAUUGCUAUUCUACAAAAUGACUUUUGCAAAUACUUGCUGCAGUGGAGUACCACCCACGAUCUCAUGAUUCUCAAUUUGACACUACGAGUCAUUUUCAAUCUAUUCCAAUCCAUGCGAAAUCAUCUCAAGGUACCGUUGGAAGUAUUCUUGACCAGUGUGCACUUGCGCAUUCUGGAUCCGGCAUCGAGUGCCACAUCGGAAGAGCGAGAGGUCGCGCUCGAAUCAUUGCUCGAGUUCUGUCAAGAAGUAGCGCUCAUGCAGGAUAUAUAUCUCAACUACGAUUGCGACAUUUCAUGUACCAACCUCUACGAGUCCAUAUGUACCACGCUGGGGCGGGUAGCGUGCGCCGACGGGACCAACAACCGGAUCAUGCUCACACCCACAACUCCGUCGUUGAUCCCGUCCGGGGGAACGCUGCCAACCACGGCCGAGUCGUUCACUACUGCAUCCUUUGCGUCCCUAAACUUUGAUAAUCUGCACGGCAACAACAACAAUAGCGGUGGCAACACCAACAGCAACUUUCUCAAUUCGCAUCAACAGCCGUCAUUGGCAUCCUUCCGGAAUCAAACAUCUGUGCGACAGUUGAAAACAGGAACCGGUGCCAACACAUCCGAUGACAGCAGUACUCUGAUUAGUGAUCUCUCCAGCCACGGAGGGACCAGUUCGUCCGUCUUGCAUUCCCCGCGGCGAGACAAGUCCACUCUGACAGGAAUGGUGGGAGCUGGGCAACCCCAAGCACCGCAAAUACCCCUCAAUAUUCUCAACAAAGUGGCACUCGAUGGGAUCCUGGCCAUUCUGGAUUCCAUUUUUCGACGGUGCCAGUCUCAUCUGCGGUACGAAGAUUUGAUUCACAACCACGGCAACCAAAAUGCCCACAGCAACGGAAAUGACGGGGGUAGUUUGGAUGGCAGUGUCGCUGCCAGUCAAGCGAGUGAAAUUGGUAACCUACGAUGGCAGAUGGCUCCCAAAGACAUGUCGGAAGAAGUGCUGCAAGAACGCAAAAUCAAAAAACAUUUCCUGGCGUUGAUUGCCGCGGCGUUCAAUGAAGACGCAUUCAACAACAAGUGGCUGCAAAUUGCCAUUGACAAUCAAAUCCUUCCGACCGAACCAUUGCCCAAAAACCCCAGCCCCGACGAUGCGCGAGUCCUUCACCCGCUGGGAGUGGCACCCGACAAUGUCGCCGAUCUCUUGUAUUCCACGCACGGGCUUGACAAGGCGAAUAUCGGAGAGUACAUCAGCAAAGGACCCAAAGAAAAGUACCCCUUCCAUGCACACGUGCUGGGAGAAUUCGUGCAUCGAUACGACUUUUCGGAAUUGACAUUUGCGGGUGCUGUCCGCAAGUUCUUGACCAAAUUCCGACUGCCUGGAGAGGCGCAGUGCAUCGAUCGACUCAUGGAAGCCUUUUCCAAAGAACUGUAUCAACAACAAAAGGGCAAACAAAUAGUGACAACCACCUCCAACGUCGAUGAUAACAAAAUCAAAGAAGGUCAGGAAUUGGACAACAGUAGGGCCAGUGAAGAUGACGGGGAUGGCAAAAAGAGCUCAGAGUUUGUGUUUAAGAACUCAGAUGCCGUGUUCGUUUUGAGUUUCUCUACCAUUAUGCUUAACACCGACUUGCACAAUCCCAGUAUGAGACGGAAUCGACGCAUGACACUGCAACAAUUCAUCAAGAACAAUCGAGGGAUCAAUGGCGGAGAGGACCUGCCAGAAGACUUCUUAGCCGAACUCUACGAACAGAUCAAGACCAAAGAAAUUCAGGUUCAGGCUGAAGUGGGCGAAUUCUUUUCCAUGACUCAAACAAUGAUGCAUUCUACCACCACCAGCACGUCCAAGAACUUUCAGGAAACUUUCAGAUCUACGUGGGACAGUGUCUUGACGAAUCGGUCGCAAAACGUCGCAACUGCUUUUUUCACUCCACCUUAUGCAGCACGACAAUCGAUUGAACGAGCCGGGAUUCACGACAAGGAAAUGUUUGUCACCAUUGCCAACUGCGGGGCCAUUCAGAGUUUGGCGGGAGUCUUUUGCCGAUCAUGGGAUGAUGACUUGGUAGUCCGAGCACUGCGGGGACUCAAGCAGAUGGCGAAAAUGUGCGAAUUCUUUGAAACAGACGAGAUCUUGAACGACAUUCUGCAGAUCCUUCUACGAUUAGGACGAGACUACAUUAUGGGAUGUACAGCCCUGGAACACUCUGGGUAUGACAACGGGGCCCCGAUAUUGCCCAACGGUCGGAUGCCAAUGGCAGUACUGGGAGAGGACAAUGACGAAUCAGUCAUUAUUGACACAGAAUCACCGGUCCCGACCAGUCUGCUUUGCUCACCUAAGGGCGUCGAUCCCUUGCACGCCAGUUUUGCGGUUCAUGCCCAAAGAAACAACAAUGUGGGCACUGCUAGUUCUGGGGAAGAGGAUGACGAAGCGGAGGCGGAAGCCGAAACCGAGGAAAAUGAUGGCGAUGACGACGAAACAGAAGAGGGGGUAGACGUUGUUGAUGUCACUGGGAGUGCAGCUCAUAGGGGACUGUUGGCUCUGGACACCGCCUUUGUCAUGCUAAGAUCAUUUGCGCCUCGGGUGAGGGAAGCCUGGCCUGCCUUUAUCGAUUGCAUAUGUGCGCUACGUGAUGCGAAGGGCUUGCCCGCUGGUCUGUCAGACUUGGAUGACUUUGCAGACAGUAACGGCAACGUCUUGCCGCUCUCCAGUUUUGCGCAGAAUUCACAGAAGCGACUCGACGAUCACUAUCGCGCACUGCUCGGAAAAGACGAUGCCAAUAAGAAAAAGAGCUGGCUUCGAAGUUUGUGGGGACAGCCCAAGAAAGAAAAGGGGAGUGGGCUCAACGAGGAAUCUGAGCGAUCGCAGCGUUCGGGUACCAAUUCUGGCAACAUCAAGGAAGAACUGUCGACAUUUUCCAUGCGGCUGUUGGAUGUGGCUGAAAACUGCGACGUGGAGAAAGUGGUCGUUCAGAUGGGUUCUUCGACUGGAAACGAAGAAGAGCCUUCCCCUCAAUUGCACCACGAGCAACAAUUCAUUGCCAUCCAAGCGCUGCUGAUAUCAGUGGACGAGUAUCCAUUCGAUGACGACCCGGUGUUAGAGCAGCAUGCCAUCUUCUCUCUGGAGCUUGCUGCUCGAGCCCUGCUAACAAAUCGUGAAAAGGCCACCGAACUGUUCUCUCUGUUUCUUCAAAAGUUCGAGAAUAUUCUGAGCAAAGUGGACGACAACAAAAUUCCAGCCCCUUUCAUGGUGGAGCGUGUUGUCGUUACCAUUUUGAGAUCCAGCAUACAUCUAUACGACCUUCCAGACCUUCGGCCGCAUCUACGAGCUUCGUUACACCUGCUCAUGAUGUCCCUUCCUCGUAAAUUUAUCGCCCAAAUAUCGGAUCGAAUGGCCUGUGGUUUAGCAAUCAUUUUGAGAGCUUCGUUCCACUUUUUCGAGACUCCCAAUGAGUGGACGUUCAUGGGGGACACGUUAGACAUGCUUGCCAACUACCAGGCAGCCCGAGGGUUCGUCUUCGAUGGAAUCGCAUCUACGGUGGAGUACGCUCUACCAUCGCCACCAGAAGACGUUGCAAGCGAACACCUGACACAAGAAUCCGCGUCCACACUGACAUUUGAGCAGAAAGAAGAGGAAGGCGACAACCACAACCAGGACCCCGCAGAACAACCUCCACCACUGUCGAAGGAUGCUUGUGUGGCACUGACGAGAAUCCUCAUCCGCUUUGUGCUUGGAUUCUAUCAAAAUGACCUAUCCCUUUCGUUGCCAGCAAUGUUGUGCCUGGAGAAGGUGUAUCGACACCUCGUUUCACUGUUGGCACCACCCGAAGUGAAAGAGGAAGGCAAAGAAAAUGGCGAAGGACAAGUGUCUUCUGGCAAAGUCCCCGACAAGGAACUGUGGCAGAAUGUGAUUGUUUCCGUCUACAGCGUUUGUCGUUCCGUGGACGAAGAGUCGUCUCGUUGUGGAAUGGAAUGCUACAGCCGUCUAAUGAAAGAAACGAAUGCGGAUGAGAUCUCUGACGACAAAUGGCUGGCAAUCCUUUAUCUGAUGGUCAACAAGCAGCCACCCUUGUCAGCGGAUAUAUCCCGAGCCAACACUUUCACUGUGCUAGGUCAAGUCCUGAUGAUGGUGUUGCCACCUCUGAGCCAUCGCAGCGAGAACUGGGAAGACUUGACAGAUCUGAUCCAACAGAUUGCGGGGGUGGCGGAAGAGAAUCUGAGGGAGGGUCGUCAAGGAAGCGUGAGUCCCUUGUUUCAAAAGACCGUAGAGACGGUUACGGAGUGUGCCAACAAGAUGAUGUCAGAUGGCUUUGAUGGCGACAAAGAGUUUAGCACUUGGGCUAGCGAGACUCUACUGGCAGAACUCGAGAAGUUUGGUGCACUGGGGGGAUCCAUCAUCAACACAGCCCACACGACCUGAGCUCCAUUACUACGCAGUGGAUCGCCGGCGCUGGCUGCGCCCGCCUAAUGGUAUCGGACCGGUACGCAUAACAGUACUCUAGAGGAACCAAUGUUUGUACAGUAGUUCAAGAAAGGCUCCUAGCUAUCAUCGUCUUAUUGUGUAU